AUGUUGAAUUUGAAAACUCUGAAUAAAGUGAUAAAAAUCGCACGAAACAUAUCUGUACGCUAUAAUUCAUCGAAAAAUAAAUGUCUCACAAUGACGCAAAAGAUGAUUUUAUACGGUGAUGAAGUGGCGCCACCUGUACGCUUUGCUCUGAUGACAGCAUUCGUUUUGGGCGUUGAGUUCGAUUUCCGUAGAAUUGACCUUUUCGCUUCUGAAAACAAAACUGAAUUAUACAAAAAAAUUAACCCACUCCAAAAGGUGCCAGCGUUAGUAAUAGGAAACAGAAGCAUUUGCGACAGUCACGUUAUAUCGCUUUACUUUUGCCGAAACUGGGAUAAAAAUAAUACAUUAUACCCGAAAGACGCUCUGACAAGUGCCAAAGUUGACGAAAUAUUGUUCUUUAAUUCAUCUACGCUUUUCCCGAUCGACAGCGAAAUCUUUACUACAUUUUUUUCUAGUAAUCAAAUCGAUAGUAAGAAAGUCAAUGAUUGGUUGAAAGCGCUUGAUUUAUUAGAGAAUCGAUUGAUGGAACAUCAAUGGCUUGCUGGUGACAGAGUAAUGUUAUGCGAUAUUUGUGCUAUGUCGACGAUAACUUCGGUGCAGUGUUUAAUUCCUUUAGCAGACCAUCACGUAAGGUUGAAACAAUGGUUAAAUGAAAUCGAAAAACUUUCUUUUACCGAUAUAAACAAAAGAGGUUUGGAACGUUUGAAUAAAUUUAUUGAUUUAGCGAAAAAACCGUAG